AUGGCUGAUGCUCUUGCCGACCUUGGCGAACCCAUCCCGGACCGCACGCUCGUACUGAACGUUCUGCGCGGCCUCAAUGAGAGAUUUCAGUUCAUGUCACAACUGAUAACUCGCCAGAGGCCCUUUCCCUCAUUUGCAGAUGUUCGUGCUGAUCUGCGUUUGGCUGAGCUGAACAUGGCACCUCCCUCAGGCCCUCCCUCGGCCCUUGUUGCCUCGUCCUACAGCAAGGCCCCUGCUUCCCCGACGACUUCUUCUGCACCUGCUUUCCCGCGCCCUCACCAGGCUGCUGGGGGGGCUUCGUCUGGCAACGGCCGUGGGCGACGCCAUCGUGGUGGACGCGGCCAAGGCAGUCCUCAGGGCAGCGCGCAGGGCAGUCCGCAAGGUGGCUCGCAGGGUGGCGCGCCGGGCAGCGUGCUGGGUGCAGCACCAUGGCCCUCCGUCCUCAACCCGUGGACCGGGUCCAUUCACAUGUGGCCCGGCUCCGCCCCUGGAGGCUCACGCAGCCCCCCACCGCGCGCCCCUCCGCCACAGCACGCUCUGGCGGCCUACUACGCGUCUCCUCCGGCUCCUGGGGCGUUCUACCCAGCACAACCUCAGGCAGCCUCUCCAACCUGGUCGCCCUGGACACCUGAGUCCCUUGCAAGCGCCUUCAGCACCGUGGCACUCACCCCGCCACCAAGCUCCUCGGAGUGGGUCUUCGACUCGGGCGCUUCUUCUCACAUAGCUGGCAACCCUGGUAUGGUCACCAUGUUACCCACCUCCUCUUUUCCUUCCUCCAUUGUUGUAGGCAACGGCGCCACCCUUCCGGUUGUCGGUACCGGCUACUCUACCCUCAAUGGCCCGUUCCACCUCAAUAAUGUUCUUAUUGCCCCCGAUAUCAUUAAAAACCUUUUAUCAAUUCGCCAAUUCACCAUUGAUAAUUUUGUAUCUGUUGAGUUUGACCCUCUCGGUGUUUCUGUGAAGGAUCUUCGCACCAGGAACCUCCUCCUUCGUUGUGACAGCUCGGGACCUCUUUACACCCUGCAGCUACCGACCUCACCAUCUGGUUCCUGUGCUCUUGUGGCGACUCCUUCCUCGACUACUUGGCAUCGUCGUCUUGGCCACCCCGGGAAGGCCGCUCUUCAGACCCUUGCCAAGUCAUCCUCCAUCUGCGACAACGGGCGUGAGUUUGACAACUCCACAUCUCGUGCUUCCUUCUCUGCCAAAGGUGUUACUCUUCGCAUGUCUUGCCCCUACACCUCACAGCAGAAUGGCAAAGCCGAGCGCAUGAUUCGCACCGUCAACAAUGUCACCCGCACCUUGCUCAUUCAAGCAUCCAUGCCCCCCACCUAUUGGGCCGAUGCUCUUGCCACAGCCACACUUCUUCUCAAUCGCCUCCCAACCAAAACCCUGCACAUGAGCACCCCUUUCUUCGCUCUCCAUGGCACUCUACCUUCCUACCACGACCUCCGAGCUUUCGGGUGCACCUGCUACCCCAACCUCACCGCCACCACUCCCCACAAGCUCGCGCCGCGCUCCUCCUUGUGUGCCUUUCUUGGCUAUUCUCCUAAUCACAAGGGCUACAAGUGCCUCGAUGUCGCCACAAACCGUGUCAUUAUCUCCCGACAUGUCGUUUUCGACGAAACCACCUUUCCUUUCUCCCUUCGUCGCUCGCUGGCACCACCACACGAGCUUGAUUUUCUAACUAAUGACGAUUCUUCGUCAGUUUCAGUUUCACCUGCAGGUACAACUCGGGCUGCUAGUAACGUACCAGCAACUACUCCUCACCAGCUGGUGCCCAACUUGGACAUAUCAGCGCCCGGGUCGCCUCCGCCGGGUUUCCCAGUGCCCAGGCGGCCGCUGGGUGUUCCAGCACCGUCUUCAGCUCAGUCUGUACAGGCACCUGCUGCUGUACAGGCGCCUGCUGUUGUUCAGGUGCUCACGGCACCUCCCUCACCGGCUGCUGCUGUUCAGGCGCCCACGGCGCCCCCUUCACCGGCUGCUGCUGUCCAGGCGCCCACGGCACCUCCUUCACCGGUGCCCAUGGCAGCGGCUCCGGCACCUCCUUCACCAGUGCCCAUGGCAGCGGCUCCUGUACAGCCGCCUCCAGCACCCCUCUUCAGCAAGCCACCAGUCGUCCAAGUCUACACUCGGCGCGCACCCACCUCCAGCUCGCCGCCUGAGCCCACUGGUGGACCUCUUCCUCGACGCUCCAGCAUGGUUCCCUCACCACCUCGCUAUGUCAAGCAUGGACCUACCAUAGGGACUGUUCCCAUCCCGCCGGUCACCAACGAUCAUGGCAUGGCAACCCGUGGGAAGUCCGGUUACCGUCAACCGCGGCUCGCCAUGCAUGCCGAGCCUCUGUCACCAAUACCGCAGUCUUGCCGUGACGCCCUCGCCAACCCUCACUGGCGUCGUGCCAUGGAAGAAGAAUAUGCUGCUCUGCUGGACAACAACACUUGGGAUCUCGUUCCUCGCCCUGCCAAGGAUAAUGUGGUCACCGGCAAGUGGAUAUUCAAACAUAAGUUUCAUGCAGAUGGUUCUUUGGACAG